AUGUCUUCCAUCUAUAAUCCAUCUCCUGCCUUCCGCGACGCCGCCGACUACCUCUCCAAUGCGCCCGCGAUGAAAUCCGUGUCAGACGCGACGAAGCUCGAGCUCUAUUCCAUCUUCAAGUACCUGACCGUGUCGCCAUCGCCAAAUGUACCGAGGCCGUCGAUCUUUGACUUCACCGGGAAGGCGAAGUGGGACGCGUGGAACGCCGCCGGCGAGACGUACAAGGAGCGGCCGGUGGACGCGGAGGCGCGCUAUCUGGAGAUCGCGCGCAGCUUGGAGUGGACGGAGGGCAAGCCCGCUGAGCUCGAGCUUGUGCGGCAUGCGACCGGGGAUGAGGACGAGGAAGAGGACAUAUGGGACACGGACGCGGACACCCCGAAGCAGAAAGGCGGGGAUGGCGGGAUCGGGCGCGUCAUGAGCACUAUGAUCAUGGACGGGGAGGACGAAGAGAGCACUAGUGCAGUGUCCAAGCUCGCCAUCUCGGGCGAUGCGGAGGCACUGGGAGAGUACUUGCAGGAACACCCGGAGGUAGACAUCAAUACGCCGGACGAGAAUGGUUACACGGCGCUGCAUCUAGCUGCGGACCGGGGACAUGCAGAGGUCGUCAAAGUAUUGCUAGAGCGCGGAGCACACAGAGAUAUAAAGGACGAGGACGAAUUCACGGCGAAAGAGUUGGCUGAGGUGGCGGGACACGAUGAGAUUGUAGCCCUUCUGUCGGAUACAUGCAAUCCAUCCUCCUAG